CCUCCUCCUGCAUCCCAGUGUCGCUCAGUGUCCCCCCCAGUAUGUUCCAGCAUCCCCCCAGUGCCUCCCAGUCCCUCCCAGUUCCCCUCCCCAGCGCCCCUCCAGCAUUCCCAGUGUCUUCCAGAACGUUCCAGCCACCCCCAGUACAUCCCAGUCCAUCCCAGUCCGUCCCAGUCCGUCCCAGUCCGUCCCAGUUGCGGUCUGGGCAGAGGAGGAACUGCCUGGGGCCCUGGGAGGUGCCACCCGGGGGUGUCCCCUGCCAGCCCCCACCCCCGGCCUGUCCCCUCCCUGGGCAUAAAGCGGCUCCAGUGGCAGCACUGGGACAGACUGGGACCAUGGGAGCGCAGCCCAUGAAGGUCUCCCCCGCCAUCGUCCUCCUCCUCCUCAGCCACGCGGAGCAGUGGGGACCCCUGGGGACACUGGGUACCCCUGUGGGACCCCCGGGCAGCGUCCUGUACCCCUUUGGACCGGAGGUGGGGGAUGAGGCCACCCUCCACGAGGACGACGGGACGAGCCCUGAGAUCUUCCUCCAGGAGAACUUCUCCUUCUUUGGGCGCGCCCACCGCUCGCUCUAUGUGAACAACAACGGCGUGGUGUCCUUCGGGACGAUGGUGCCCGAGUUCACCCCCCAGCCCUUCCCGCUGCCGGGCCGCCGCCCCUUCGUGGCGCCGUACUGGGCUGACGUGGACACGCGGCUGGGAGGAGACGUCUUCUACCGGCAGAGCCGCGACCCACGGCUGCUGGCGCGCCUGGCCCGGGACCUGGCGCCGGCCGUGCCACCCGGGGACCCCCCUCCACAGCCCACCUGGGCGUUCGUGGCCACCUGGCACCGUGUGGCCUAUUUUGGGUCCGCCUCGGACAAGGUGAACACCUUCCAGGCCGUGCUGGCCUCAGACGGUGCCACGUGCUUUGUGCUGCUCAACUACGGAGAGCUGCAGUGGACGACGGGCAUCGCUAACCAGGGGGACCCCCACACCGGCCUGGGGGGCACCCCCGCACAGGCCGGGUUCAACAGUGGAGACGAUGUCCACUACUACAACGUGCCAGGCUCACGCACGCCCGCCGUGCAGAGCCUCGGCCGCCGCAGCAACCUGGGGGUCCCGGGCCGCUGGGCUUUCCGUGUCGACCACUUCGAGGCCACCGAGGGGCCCCCUGAGACUGCUGGCACCCCGCCACAGACCCCCGAGGCCCCCCGGAGUCCGCUGCCACCCCACAAGACCCUCUCAGCACCCCCCAACGCGCCCCGGACCACGGAGGAGCGGGUGUAUGUCUGCGGGUCGUGAGCGGGUGACACCUGGGACAUUUGGGGCAGGGGGCUUUCCUGGCAGCCCUCACCCCAACCCCACAGAAGGAUGUGCCCUCGCAGAGGCUGCGUUAUGAUGGGAACAGUAAUAAACCCGCCGAGCAACA